GCGAUCAACAUAACUAGAACGUAACAUUCAAUCUUACGAAAAAGUAAGAUUUUCUUAAAGUAAAAAAAUGGAGGAUCCUUCAGCCGAUGGGGUUUGUGAUCCGCAAACUGAUGUGGGCCGCGGUUCGAAAAUAAUUGAGGAAGCCGCGAAAUUCUACGUAAAUGCCAAUGCUAGCUAUGAUCCAAGAAAGUUAUAUAUGCGAGAAAAUAUAUACGCUAAAAGCGAAAACGAAUUUUCAUCAGCUGGCAAUAUCGACACUUCUGAUGAGAAUAAAUAUUUAAAUUCGAAACGUAAAAUGGGAGAUGAUUCAUACCACGACGAAGAGAAAAAGCCAACACCCAAGAAACUCUUGGUUAGUAAAGGUCCCGGUUCUUCUCUUUUGAUUAGUUCGAAAACGAAACCUAUGCAAAAACUUAAAAACAAUAGUGAAUCUUCAUCAUCCAGCUGUGACUCUUUGUCUGAUAGUGAUACGGAACUUUCAUUCGGCUGUUCUUCUAAUCAGGAGAAAAUUCAGCAUAUUAUCAAGGAGUAAUGUUUACUCUUUUUUUUUUAUAAAAAUCUCAGUGAAAAAAGUUAUUUAAAAGGGAAUGAAAUAUUCUUGUGUUCAGAGGGAAAUAGUCUGAAUGCCUAUUUAUUGAACUGUUUCUAACUUCUUGAUUUUUAUAAUGUUGACAUUUUUUUAUAUUUUUAAUAUCACAAAAGUUAAUAAAAUUAUGCGUUUAAGAGUUGAAGGGAAAAUGUCAAUUUAAUAAAAAUAUAAUGCAAAAAACGGAAAAUUUCGAUGUUUUAGAAAUUGAAAUCACUCUGGAAAUGAUGGAUUGAAAAAAAAUUUUAUAGAUAUUUACAAAUUUUUGAAAUUUUUUGAUUUUUUUGCAAUAAGUUUGAAUGUAACACUGAAUCUAGGGAAAUAAUUUUUUAAAUAUCUUAACAAUUUUGAAAAAUACUGUGGGGACUUUUCUUUAGAAAUAUUUCAGAUUAAAAUUGUUUAUUUCGCAUACUACUGUUUU